GUACCGUAACACCACGAAUAGAUGCGCGGCUGGUGUGGCGUCUGUGGUGUGAGCACUUGACUCUCGCUCCCAGUCUCCCCCUCGUCCUCCGUAGAAAUGGCCGCGACAGUGAAACUCAACACCGGUGCACAUAUGCCCACAGUCGGGCUCGGCACAUGGAAGUCUGCCCCCGGUCAGGUGACAGAAGCAGUGAAAGCAGCCAUCAAGGCAGGAUACAGGCUCAUCGAUGGAGCGUUCAUCUACAAAAACGAGUCGGAGGUGGGAGACGGUGUUGAGGCCAUGAUCAAGGAUGGCGUGGUGAAGAGAGAGGAUCUGUUCAUCGUUAGCAAACUGUGGUGCACUUUCCAUGAGAAGUCCGCGGUGAGGCCGGCUUGUGAGAAGACCCUCAGUGAUCUCCGGCUGGAGUACGUAGACCUCUACCUCGUGCACUGGCCCAUGGGUCUCAAGCCCGGCGAUGACGACUUUCCUCUGGACAGCGCAGGACAGCUGAUCAGUGGUAACACAGACCUACUGAAGACUUGGGAGGGGAUGGAGGAGCUGGUUGACGCUGGUUUGGUGAAAGCCAUCGGUGUCUCCAACUUCAACAAGGAGCAGAUCGAAGCCAUUCUCAACAAGCCCGGCCUCAAAUACAAGCCGGCCAACAACCAGGUGGAGUGCCACCCCUACCUGACCCAGGAGAAGCUGAUCAACUACUGCCACUCGCAGGGCAUCACAGUGACUGCGUACAGCCCGCUGGGCUCCCCUGACAGAGCCUGGGCUUCAGCAGAUGACCCACCACUUCUGGAGAGUCCCAUCCUGAAGGCCAUUGCAGAGAAGUACAAGAAGAGCACAGCCCAGGUCCUGAUCCGCUUCCACGUCCAGAGGAACGUGAUCGCGAUCCCCAAGUCCGUCACGCCUCAGCGCAUUCAGGAGAAUUUCCAAGUGUUCGACUUUGAACUGAGCGCAGAGGAAAUGAAAACUAUAUCUGGAUUCAACAGGAACUGGAGGGCCUGUCCCAUGGAGUGGGGCACGACCCACAAGGACUUUCCCUUCAAAGCUGAAUUCUGAACAGCUGGACACGCUGGUUUUUCUCAAGGUUUGCAGUGAAAGCUGGGGUUUGCUUUCUUUCACCUCCCUGAACCUUUAAAGCCACUUACACUCUACAGUUAGAUUUUAUUUUUAUGUUACAGGAAAUGCAAGGUAUUUUCAGGAGCAAUUAUACCUUUCUUUUGUCACUGGUCUUGUCUCCAUGCUCCAAAGACGCAUUUGCACUCAAGAUGUUUCCACUCAUACAAUGAGAGUUAACUGUCUUGUCAUUGCGUAGUUAUUACACGUCAAGAGGUCAUGCACAUCCAACUGUUUAACCAGAGUUAGCGGUAAAGCUAAUCUGCAUUUUUCUGUAAAACGUUUACCUAAAUGUAAAAGGAACAGAUUCUCAAACUAAAUGAUAAAACAUUCAGGUCAAAAUAUCUUUUGGUAGCACAGAUGUACCAAUCCUGUUUCAACAAACACUCCUCAUGGCCUGAACUUUCUUUCUCUCCAGAUUUAUUUUUUCAAAUCUGCAGUUGUAGCUUCCUCUUUGUUUUUCUUUCUUUUCUUAAGUUUUAUUUCUGUGACUUGGGCUGAGGUGUUCAUGACUGCACAAUAGAUUUCCCCAAUCAUGAAUGACAAAAGUACUUCCCCCCCCCAUGUUGUCUAAGUCAUGUGGCACUUUGUAACCAUGUGUAUUAAUCUCGUUAUGAAAUAACCACUCUCACUUCCCCUGUCAGCUGUUUUUAUUUUUAAUAAAGUCCUGUGGCAGAAAAAUACAACAA